GACCGUGUGUGGAUAGCACGAUAUCUCCAGCUCAACGCAGGCGCUCACAUCUUCUGCCAUUAAGCGGCACUUUUUGGAGAUCCGCUCCGUGUUCUUCGGAUGCUCGGUUCAGUGAGCGUCUCGCAGAGAGCCCGCAUCACUCUGAGGAAGGGAAGAGACUCGAUGUAUCACAAGUGAAGAACGAGAAACCACAGAGAGGCCUCCAUACCUUCGUGAUUGGAUGCGAGUUGACUUUGACCGUUCCAAAGUGAAGAUGAAGUUGCUAUGGAAACUGCUGGUUCUGCAGUCAUUCCUGGGGUGCCUUGCAGGCAAAACGCUGCAGAGCCCCGUGUUCACAAAGCAGCCAGGCAGCAUUGUGUUUCCAGUAGACUCCAUGGAGAAGAGCAGGGAGGUGGUUUUCAGUUGUGAGGCACAAGGUGACCCUCCUCCUUUUUACAGGUGGAAGCUAAAUGGCAGCCUGCUCAACCCUAAACCCGGCUCCCAUCACAGCCUCUCUGGAGGCAACCUUCGCAUCAACCAUCUCAAUAAAGACGAGGACGCUGGGACGUACCAGUGCCUUGCUUCUAACUCCUUCGGGACUAUUGUCAGCAGGGAGGCCAGCCUAACCUUUGCCUAUUUGGAAAACUUCAAAAUCCACAAGCGGAGUUCUGUGUCUGUCCGGGAAGGACAAGGAGUGGUGCUUCUCUGCGGGCCGCCCCCUCACUCCGGAGCUUUGACGUUCUCCUGGAUUUUUAAUGAGUACCCGUCAUUCGUGAAGCAAGAUUCUCGUCGAUUCGUGUCCCAGGAGACAGGGAAUCUAUACAUCGCUAAAGUUGAGCCAUCUGAUGUGGGCAACUACACCUGUGUUGUGACCAAUACUGUCACCAAGACACGCGUCCAAGGGCCGCCUACUCCUCUGAUACUGCGCAAUGACGGUGUAAUGGGAGAAUAUGAGCCAAAGAUUGAAGUGCAGUUUCCAGAGAUUGUUCAAGUGGCCAAAGGUUCAACCGUGCGCCUGGAGUGUUUUGCACUGGGGAAUCCAGUACCGUCCAUAAGUUGGCAUCGCGUGGACGGAGUCCCAUUCGCCCGUAAAGUGGAUGUAAGGAAAACCAGCGGUGUGAUGGAAAUCCCUUACUUCCAGCAAGAAGACGCGGGCACGUAUGAAUGUGUGGCGGAGAACACCAAAGGAAGAAACUCUGUGCAGGGAAAGCUGUCUUUCUUUGCCUCCCCCCAGCUAAUUGAGAAGCCUCAGGAUGUGCAGAAGGCCAUCGAUGACUCUCUGUUGUGGGAAUGCAAGGCCACAGGAAAACCUAAACCCUCUUACAGGUGGAUGAAGAAUGGAGAGAACCUGGAGCCCACUGAGGAGAGGGUGCAGGUCAUUAAUGGCGCCCUGUCCAUCACUCGCCUGGCGCUCUCCGAUAUUGGAAUGUACCAGUGCGUGGCUGGAAACAAGUAUGGAGAAGUGUACUCCAAUGCUGAACUCAGAGUUAUCGCUGUCGCUCCUGAUUUCUCCCAAACCCAGCUGAAGAGCCACACUUUAGUCAAAGAAGGCGGCGAUGUUCUCAUUGAAUGCAAACCCAAGAUGUCUCCUCGAGGCACGAUCUCCUGGCGCAAAGGCAACGACGCCCUCCGAGAAAACAGCAGAAUUGCUAUAUUGGAGAUUGGAAGCCUUCGGAUAUCCAACGUCACCAAAUCGGACGCUGGCACGUACACGUGUGUUGCCCGUAACCAGUUUGGCGAGGCCAGCAGCUCAGGGAAUAUGCUUGUUAAAGAGCCAACAAUCAUUACAACAGCUCCCAACACGCUGGACGUGACCGUCGGUGAGAGCAUCAUUCUUCCCUGCCAGGUGUCUUACGAUCCCUCUCUGGAGCUCAAAUUCACCUGGUUUUUCAACGAGCAGCUCAUCCACUUCGGCAGCCACGGAGGAUACUUUGAAAAAGUUGGCGGACAGCACUCGGCAGGUGACAUCAUGAUCCGGAACAUUCAGCUGAGGCAUGCUGGGAAAUACACGUGUGCUGUGCAGACCAAGGUGGACAGCAGCUCCAUCGCGACCGACCUGGUUGUCAGAGGUCCCCCCGGCCCCCCUACCAGCAUCCAUGUGGAAGAAAUCACAGAUACCACUGCCACUCUCUCCUGGAGGCCUGGUCCUGAUAAUCACAGUCCAAUUACUGCCUACACCAUCCAGGCUAGAACCCCUUUCUCCCUCGGCUGGCAAGCUGUUAGCACAGGUUAUGUCGUGUAUUGUAGAUGUAUGUGCUUUGUUUGUGGGUUGCAGCCUGUUCCUGAAGAGCUCCAGAAUGGAGCAGGGUUUGGCUAUGUCGUUGCUUUCCGGCCCUUUGGUGCCACCGGGUGGAUGCAGGCGGCAGUUCCCUCUCCUGAAGCCUCCAAAUACGUCUUCAAAAACGAGACCAUUUUACCCUUUUCUCCAUUCCAAGUCAAAGUGGGGGUGUACAAUAACAAGGGGGAAGGACCUUUUGGACCCAUGGUCACCAUCUACUCUGCUGAGGAGGAGCCUGGAAGGGCACCCAGUCGACUCAGAGCCAAGAGUCUUUCAGCGUUUGACGUUGAGGUGUCCUGGAAGGCCCUUCCCUGGAGCACAAGCAAGAAACGUGUUCUCGGCUACGAGUUGAGAUACUGGGAGAAGAAUGAGAAAGAAGACACAGCUAGUGUGCUAAGGACAGUAGGAAACCGGACGUUGGCCAUUAUUCAGGGCUUAAAAGGAAGUACCACCUAUUACAUAACAGUGAGGGCCUACAACACAGCAGGAACAGGACCACCAAGUCCAGCAGUCAAUGUUACCACCAAAAAGCCUCCCCCCAGCCAGCCGCCCUCAAAAGUCAUGUGGAAUGCAUCAAACUCUAAAAUCAUUCUCAACUGGGAACAGGUGAAACCUCUGGAAAAUGAAUCCGAGGUCAUGGGAUACAAGGUACUGUAUAAGCGGAACCAAUUCAGCAGGCCCAGCAUUAUGGAGACCAACACCACCUCAGUGGAGCUCUCGCUGCCCAUGGAUGAGGAGUACAUCAUCCAGAUCAGACCUUUUGGAGAAGGAGGGGAAGGCAGCAGCAGCCGGCAGAUCACCAUUCCCAAAAUAGCAGGUCCCAAUGCCAUCGGCUCGGCUUCCAGUGUGUCCACUCUCUCUGCUCUCAGUACAAUAGCUCUCUCCCUCACAGCUCGCACAUCUUUAUGACAGAACACAGCGCAGGCCGCUGACUUCAGACGAAACGUUCUUCCUCGAGAGGAGACUGAGAAAAGUGACUCAGACAGAUCGAUGAAAACCCAUUCAUACAAACCAGAGGACCUACGUGAACCAUAAUACUGGGAUAAAAAGAAAAGAAAAGAAAAAAACGGGUGUGUGGUUCGCUAGCCAAUUCGAAAAAGAUUGAAGGCUGAUGGGAUUGAAUUUGAUGUUACCAAAGCAGCUUUAAAGAAAAAAAAAAAGAACAAAAAAAAUGAGGAAAAUGUCACAUGCUUCUUUUGUAUGUAUGACAUAUCUUAGCUUUUUCCUUUUUUGUUUGAUCCAGUCGGUCUGUAUGUUCCUAUUACAGUACGCCGGGUGUGUAUAGGAACUGCUUUAGAUGCAUGUCUUGUACAAUGUUUUGUAAGAGAAUGCAGGUGUCUGAAACUUAAUAGUUUAGAGCAAGACAUAUUUGGCUGAAAACCAACUAAUCAUCACAAUAUGACGGUCCUCUGAGGGUCACACGCACUUACAAGCUAAGAAUCUCCAAGGACUUCUUACUGUUUAUGACAUGGGAAUACUUGCACUGAAACCACAUCUGGAAGAAAGUGAACAACGACAGAAAGCAUCCUGACCAGAAACUCGAGAGAAUGCUGCUACAAGGCCAAGUCGGACGUUGGCGUCUUUGUCACCUCCCUCCUUACUGAUCAGCAGCAAACGGACACCAGGCGUUGACAUUGACCAUCUCUUUUUUCCAUCAUCUUCCAUUUAUCUGUGUGUGUGUCGUAUCUAGAGCUCUUCUUUGCCUUUUUUGUGCCUCAUUGUGUUUUUGAAAUCCUCAGGUCCUCAGAAAAGCCUUAAUACAUAUUUCUUCGCGUUAACUACUUAGAAAAGUGCUGGACGCCUGGGCUGUGAACGGUUAGUCAAGCAGGAUGCUGGGGUUUGGGUAGCUGGUGCAAGUUUAUUGCUUCCAUGUUCCAUAUUAUAACAGCCAUAUGCUGUUCCUCAUUGUUUCAAGGCAAUACAGUGUGUGUGUGUGUGUGUGUGUGUGUGUGUGUGUGCGUCUGCGUGUGUGACCUCUGCUAAUGUAGGGGCUACGAGCUCUGCAUUUUUUUAAAUGCCAUGUGGGAAUGGUGCGAUGAAAGUAGCUUGUCAUUUCUUGAGGUGCAAAUAGAUGUACUGCUUAAAGGGACACGUGGAGCUCUGAGACUGAGUGAAAACAAAUGUAUAUGUAAAUGCUUUUUUGUAUAUUCCAGAUAAUUUAUAUUUAAGUGGACGACAUCAAAGUUUCCUACAAAACUCAUCUCGGUUUUUAUCUAACAAACAGAAUAGACGUUUCUUAGCUUACCGUGGCUCUGCAUGUGGAUGUUUUCAUUCCAUUCUUGAUUCAUUAGGUACUAACCGAUGAACAUUUGACGAAAGGAUACAAAUAGUCAUUCAUCCAUUUCUGAAGAUUUGUGUAUCGGUGUAUCUGUCAUAGCCAGGACGCUCUUUCUCUAAGCAGUGCUUUCCACCAAACUUCUUUGUCUUUAUCGGAACUCCAUUUAUUGGACCGUAUAACUUUUUCCUCCAAGGUUCUCUGUUUAUACUGGAUCACAAAAUAAAUGACAUUUAUAAAAAUUAUCACACAAAUGUUUUGAUUGGGUGCAUUAGCUGUGGUUAUGAGAUGCUUAAUAACAGUUUAACCAAUAGGCCUACUUUUGUCAUUUGCGCACCCUCACAUCAUUCCAAACCUAUAUGACUCUUGUGUAUCUUCACAAAGAACAAGGAAAGCUCAUUAAAAGGUAUCCAUAUUACUUGUGCGCUAUGGGCUAAAUCUUUUGAAGCUUUCUAUGAGAAAUAGACCGAAAGGCCAAACAGUUAUUUGAGUAUAGCAAUGGUUAACCCAAAUAUGAAUGUUGUCGUUCACUCACGCUCAUGUCGUUCCAAACCG